AUGGGAUCCCGAAGAUACGACAGUAGAACGACAAUCUUUUCGCCAGAGGGACGAUUGUACCAGGUCGAGUAUGCGCAGGAAGCCAUCUCACACGCAGGCACAGCCAUUGGCAUUCUGGCCAAGGAUGGCAUUGUGCUGGCCGCCGAGCGAAAGGUCACCUCCAAGCUGCUGGAGCAGGACACCUCGGCCGAAAAGAUGUACACUCUGAACGAAUCCAUGGUGUGUGCGGUCGCCGGUCUCAACUCAGAUGCAGGCAUUCUUGUUCAAAACGCCCGAAAGUCCGCCCAGGAUUACUUGCGAACAUACAACGAGGAGAUCCCUUGCGAGCAGCUCGUCAAGCACGUGUGCAACGUCAAGCAGGGAUACACCCAGCAUGGAGGUCUACGUCCCUUUGGUGUGUCGUUCAUCUACGCCGGCUACGACGACAUCCGACAGUUCCAGCUCUACCAGUCCAACCCCUCGGGUAACUAUUCCGGCUGGAAGGCUACUUCCAUGGGCGCCAACAAGGCCAGUGCACAGACCCUACUGAGACAGGAUUACAAGGACGACAUGACGCUGGCCGAGGCAUGCGAGCUCGCCGUCAAGAUUCUGUCCAAGACCAUGGACAACACUAAUCUGACCAGCGAGAAGCUCGAGUUUGCCACCGUUAGCAAGGACGCCAAGGACCACGUCGUGCAUCGAAUCUGGCAACCCGACCAGAUUGACCAGCUGCUCAAGGACAGCGGUCUGGGCAAGGAGGAGGAUGACGAGUAG